GUGCAUGUCACUGUCAGAUCAUGGACUGGGUUAUUCCUGGCUCUGUUGACAUGACCAAGGUAAAGUUUGAUGCACAAGGUGAAGAUGACUGUAAGCACAACUUCAGACUCCUCCACGAGGCCUUCAGCAAGAGUGGUGUCACAAGGACCAUCUCCGUUGAGGAGCUCAUAAAAGGGGAUUUUAAAAGCAACUUUGAGCUUCUGAAGUGGUUCAAAGUUUUCUACAAUGCAAAUGUGAAAAGUGAAGACUAUGACCCUGUGAAAGCUCGGGACAGCCAUGAUAUUAGCCCUCUUGUGACAUCUCUUCUAUCGCAAAAAGACACAGAAGAGAACAGCACUGUGAAUAAAAU